AUGCAAACCUAUCCGCCUAUCCUCGAUUCGAUUUGGUCAGCAUCUGAUACCAAAGAGUUUCCCAACCCGGCCCACGUCAACGAGCUUGUGUGCGAAACAGACAACGUCCGGAAGCAGAUUGAGGAUAAUCGGGACAAGGGCUGUGCCAUUACUGUCUACCUUUUUGUCCUCGUCAUGUGGACUCUGAUGAAACUUGCCCAUGAUUGGGCUUUGCUGGCAGAUGUAGCAGAAGACUUUACACUAGUGAUCGGGGUGCUUUCAUGGGCUUUUCAGUUGCUGGCAUCCGAUGCAGCCUUAUACUGGGCAGCUGCUGUGACCCACGUCUUUGUCUCCAGGGUGCCUGAAGGUAAUGGUGCUUGCUAUUACCAACUGCAGCCUUUCGCAACUUUGACAGCCUUGGGUGCGGCGCUUUUGCUGCUAUACUUUAGUCAUGUGAAGAUGAACAACUUGGUCCUAUCCCUUGUGAACUACUAUUGCAAAAUAUUCAGCGUGCCAUACGGGGCAGUUAAGGGCAUAGCUGCGUCGCAGCCUUUGCUGACCAAAGGAUUGCAUGGAGAUUCCGAUGUUCUACCUGCACCUGCACCACAUCAGCAGCUUGAAUUUCGAAACCGGAAGCGGCUGUGCAUUUUCGCCAGAAGUCUUUAUUGGUUUUGUUUGUUGUCGUAUGGGCGGCGAACUGUUCCGUUCGACUUCUUUGGGAACCUAUUCCUGCGAGUGACAGAACUGGCUGUCAGCCAAGCUUGGUCUUUGGCCCCCGUGGUGUUCCUCAAACUUGCCACUCUGCUGGCAGCUGCUGCGACUCCGGUCAUUGGUGGCGCUUUGGCAGCUUCUGUGCUCGUUACUGUGAUACAGGAGGCUCGUUCAGACUGGCGCAGUCUUCGGGCCAUUGACAAGCUCACAGUAUCUGCUCAACUUCUCCUGUCUACUGCAUUGCUUCUGUUGGCGUUGAGUAACGUGAUCGAACAACUGAGCAAACUCACUGGUGUGCUCGGCGGGAAUUUCUCAGUGGCAAAGGCCCUUAACAAGUCUAACUUGUUGAAAGGUUUGAAGCGCCAAGUCACACGAUACAUAUCUGAAGAACUGUCUAUUUUGGAUUCCACUCCGGCAGCAGUUUUGGAUGAGUGGAAGCAAGCGCAGACACAUGCCGCACAAUUGGUUGAGUUGUGUCUAUGUUUCGACGAAGAUACGGUGUCCCACCGGGCAGAGCAAAACCCACCAGGCAUUGCUGUUGACGCGGCCUCUGGCCGGGCUGUCCAGUCCGCGAAGUCAAAGAGAGUGGUACAAAAGCGAGGGGUGCGUUGGGGACCCUUCUUGCUGUCGCCCAUUGUGCCGCAAGGAGGACAAACCGGGUGGGGAGCCAUUUGCGGCUUGCACCACAACAGAGGAGACGGAAGUGGCUCGAGGUGCAAGAAAGCUUUGAGCAUGGGCCGGUUGAGCCACAGCGCUUGCAUAUUACGAUUGAAACGGUGGCUUCUAGCCGGGCUCAAUGAUGCAGAGCUUUCUGUCCAGAACGCUCGGUCAGAUCAUGUGGCCAUGGGAGGAUCUGGCUUACAAGCUUUUGCCGAAGGCCCCUCAGAAGAAGAGAUGGACGAGAAAAUUCGUGAUUGGAUUGGUUUUAGCCCAUUGCCAGAGCUGACUAGAGACAGAGCAGACAAGUUUCACCUGAACAGUCCGUGCCGAAUGGCCAGUCUUCCUGGGUCAGACUUUGGAGGUCUGUCUGAAGGCGGUUUUGAUGACAAGGGUUCAGAGGCAUCUGGACCGGUAGCAGAGCAGAUCAGUUUUGAUCUGAGCAAGCCUUGUACCUGUGCUUUGUGCCAGAAGACCAGUGUCUCAGAAAGCCCCCUGACAAGCAGCCACCUGCAUGACAAGCAUGGCAGCCGUAGGCCAUGGAGUUCCUACAGGAAAGUCUUUGACAAGGCCUCUGGUGUCACGUACCGGGUUCCCCAGUCCAAGUUGUGUAGUUUGUGCCGGAAUGUCUGGAAGCUCUUAGGCUUUUCCCACAAGUACGGAAACAUAGCCAAAUAUGUGAAGAUGAUCGCAGAGAAGAGAGUUGACCAUGCCGUUUUCCUGGCCAGUCUGGACGAAUGGAUCAAGAAGCACAAUGCAAACCCAAACGAGCACAGGCUCCGCAAUGCAGAUGAUAAGGACUCUGUCCGGGACGCAAAAGAGAAACUGGUGACCAAGGACGAGCACGGCUGCGAGUUUGAAGCCCCUGACAUGUUCUUUGUUGAGGUGGACAACUGGAAGCCUGAAUACGGCCCACUGGAGGAGGCAAAGAUUGAGGAAAGUUCGGAACCAGUUCAACUGGAACUCGGGUUGCGCUUAGACAAGCGGGCGAAACAAAGGGAGAAGGACGCUGAGAAGAAACAAGGAGCACCCGCUCCCCCUCAGAGUUGGGUCGAGCAGCACAUGCAGUUUGCCCAAAAUCACCGGGUGCGUUGUGGGCAAGCUGUCCCAGCAAAAUUGGCCGCCAAUCAGUGGUACCAGACUUUGGGUGACCGUGAGCAAGACGCUUUGUCUUUGCUGCAGCAAUGCACCCCGUACAUUGUGUUCCGAGAUUUGUCUCAGUCAAUCGUGCGAGGAAAUUCGAACACCUGGAGACAAGAUUCCAGCAAGCAUGUCAUGAGCACAGUGCUUCCAAGGAUGGUUCUUUGGUGUGAGGCAAAGAAUCGCCUAGUCCUUGGGCGAGAGGCUUUGCUCAUGCAAGGCUUUCCAGUCCAACCUUUCUUGCAAAUUUUGGCAGCGCGCAUGGAGACCAUGCCUUUGGCGCAGCAAUGGCAUCCUUCUGAAGCGCUCAUGAUGGACCUGGCAGGCAACGCCAUGGCAUUGCCAGUAGUCCUUGCUAUGGUACAAUGUGCGCUGGCUGCUUUAAAUUGGAAAGAUCGGACUCUAUCCGGGCAAGCAGUUCAGUUGGCUUUGUCACAGACCGAGGAGAUGGCCCUUGCCCUUGGGGCGAUGGAAGCUUUGGAUUCAACUGCUCCCAUGGAAAGCAAGCCUCAGGCCGAGAUCGCGAUGAGUGCUCUGGAUGAGCGAAUCUACAAGAGAGACCGGGACAUUUUGGAGCCAGAUCUCAAUAACAGCAACCUCAGCAAUGGAACCUGGAGUUUGGCAGUGGAGAUGAUGGACAAAGCCGAGAACAUGUCCGCAAUGGCAAAUAUGACGGAGUGGAACGGUUCUUUGCUGAACAUGGAGACUGAAGAAAGUGGAGAAAGUGGAGAAAGUGGAGAAAGUGGCAACGACACGAUGAAUGACACUGACAAUAAGUCGUCAAUGCAUGGCCAUGGCGCUGAUGCCCGAACGGGCAACAUGGCUUUGGAGCACUUGGAUCAGUAUGACAACGAGUCUGUCAAUGACUCUGAGAACGACCCUGCCAAGUGCACUUGGUGGGGGCUCAUGCAAACCUAUCCGCCUAUCCUCGAUUCGAUUUGGUCAGCAUCUGAUACCAAAGAGUUUCCCAACCCGGCCCACGUCAACGAGCUUGUGUGCGAAACAGACAACGUCCGGAAGCAGAUUGAGGAUAAUCGGGACAAGGGCUGUGCCAUUACUGUCUACCUUUUUGUCCUCGUCAUGUGGACUCUGAUGAAACUUGCCCAUGAUUGGGCUUUGCUGGCAGAUGUAGCAGAAGACUUUACACUAGUGAUCGGGGUGCUUUCAUGGGCUUUUCAGUUGCUGGCAUCCGAUGCAGCCUUAUACUGGGCAGCUGCUGUGACCCACGUCUUUGUCUCCAGGGUGCCUGAAGGUAAUGGUGCUUGCUAUUACCAACUGCAGCCUUUCGCAACUUUGACAGCCUUGGGUGCGGCGCUUUUGCUGCUAUACUUUAGUCAUGUGAAGAUGAACAACUUGGUCCUAUCCCUUGUGAACUACUAUUGCAAAAUAUUCAGCGUGCCAUACGGGGCAGUUAAGGGCAUAGCUGCGUCGCAGCCUUUGCUGACCAAAGGAUUGCAUGGAGAUUCCGAUGUUCUACCUGCACCUGCACCACAUCAGCAGCUUGAAUUUCGAAACCGGAAGCGGCUGUGCAUUUUCGCCAGAAGUCUUUAUUGGUUUUGUUUGUUGUCGUAUGGGCGGCGAACUGUUCCGUUCGACUUCUUUGGGAACCUAUUCCUGCGAGUGACAGAACUGGCUGUCAGCCAAGCUUGGUCUUUGGCCCCCGUGGUGUUCCUCAAACUUGCCACUCUGCUGGCAGCUGCUGCGACUCCGGUCAUUGGUGGCGCUUUGGCAGCUUCUAUGCUCGUUACUGUGAUACAGGAGGCUCUUUCAGACUGGCGCAGUCUUCGGGCCAUUGACAAGCUCACAGUAUCUGCUCAACCUCUCCUUUCUACUGCAUUGCUUCUGUUGGCGUUGAGCACCUCUGGUGGGGCCUGGAACAUAACUCAGGCAGUUGUUUUUCAUCGAGGAGCUGAUGGCUUGCAGCAGCAUUGGGAAUGGUACCAUCAUGGCAAAGCAAUCAUGUACUAUGUUUUUUUCUUGCAUUCGGUAUGGUAG